CCGUAAUCUUGUCAUCACCCUGAAAGCUCCAUUUUGUUUCCUUUUUGGAGAUUCGGAUCGAGUUAGUAACAUGGAAUUACUAUCUUUGUUGCAAAUAUUCAUUUCCAUGUUUUGUUGUAAGAUUAAUACAGCUUUGCCUAAGCAGACGAAGGGAAAUCUGAGGCUUAAUGGAAGGGAAGGAGGCCGAAGCUCUGAAAUCCAGAUGCUCAAACAUUUGGUGUUUACUUGCUUUAGUACUUGGGGUUCUUGUAGUAACAGCAGCUGCACUUACUGUUUUAAAGCACUUUUUCAAGAAUCAUCGAACUUCAAGUCACCCCCUCGACAAGAAAUAUGCUGAUGCUCUUGAAGUAACUCUUCAAUUCUUUGACGUACAAAAAUCUGGCAAGUUGGUGGAUAAUAGGAUCCCUUGGAGAGGGGACUCGGGUCUGGAAGAUGGGAGUGAAGGGAAUUUGGAUUUAUCAAAAGGAAUGUAUGAUGCUGGGGAUGCAAUGAAAUUUGGGUUCCCAAUGGCAUUCACUGCCACAGUGCUUUCAUGGGCGAUUCUUGAGUAUGGUGAUCAAAUGUAUGCUGUGAAGCAACUGGGAUAUGCUCAGAAUUCGCUGAGGUGGAUCGCAGAUUACCUUAUCAAUGCACACCCUUCUGAAAACGUUCUUUAUAUCCAGGUGGGAGAUCCGAAACUAGACCACAAGUGUUGGGAAAGGCCUGAAACCAUGUCAGAGAGGAGGCCUGUAACACAGGUUAACGCAUCGUUCCCCGGAACAGAAGUUGCGGCGGAAACAGCAGCUGCGCUGGCAUCAGCAUCCCUGGUUUUCAAAAACAACGAUCCUGCUUAUUCAAGUUCACUCCUUAUGCAUGCUCAGCAGCUCUUCACCUUUGCUGAUACUUACAGAGGCUCUUACAGCGUCAGUAUUCCUCAGGUGCAGCAAUUUUACAACUCCACAGGGUAUGGAGAUGAACUGCUGUGGGCUGCUUCGUGGCUCUAUCAUGCUACACGAGACGACUGGUACUUGCAAUAUGUAACCGAGCUAAACGGUCAAAGUUUUGCUGAUCCGAGUACAACUUGGUUCAGCUGGGAUGACAAGCUUGCUGGAGUUCAGGUCCUGCUGUCUAGGAUCAUCUUCUUUGGUUCAAAAGACAUGCCGACAAUCGAGAAUCUCCAUCUCCAAAUGUAUAGGAAAGCAGCAGAGGCUGUCAUGUGUAGUCUUCUACCAGAUUCACCAACAGCCACAUCAAAUAGAACAGAUGGUGGCUUGAUAUGGAUCACAGAAUGGAAUCCGCUGCAGCAUGCUGUGGCAUCUGCAUUCCUAGCCAUACUUUACAGCGAUUACAUGCUCACUUCGCAAACCGAAACACUGUAUUGCAGCGGAAAUUCAUACAAGUCUGAUGAUCUUCGCAACUUCGCUAUCUCGCAGGCAGAUUAUGUGUUGGGCACAAAUCCCAUGAAGAUAAGCUAUCUUGUUGGUUACGGUACUAGGUACCCCCUGUACGUGCAUCAUAGGGGAGCUUCAAUUCCGGUGAAUGCGAAUACCGGCUGCCAUGACGGAUUCAAGUGGCUUUAUUCGGACAAUCCAAAUCCGAAUAUAGCUGUUGGAGCAGUUGUUGGCGGACCUUCCUUGAACGAUUCAUUUUCUGAUACUCGAAACAAUGUGAAACAAGGUGAAGCAAGCACAUAUAACAGUGCCCUGCUCGUUGGCCUUCUUUCAGGCCUUCUCAGAAAGUCAUCCUCUUAUACGUAGAAAACAACUCUCAAUCAAUUCUCAGUACAUCUGAAUAGUUUUUUAGCUUGUAAAUUCUUUAUUAGA